GGGUGGGUGGGUGGGUGGGUGCGAGCGGUUCUGCGCGCGCGCAAGCCAGGAGCCGCCGCCUGCCCGCCCUACUCCACCGCCGGCUCCGGGCGCUACGGCGAUGUUGGAUGUGGCUGGCUGAGGAGGCGACGGGCAGCAGAUGCGUCCUGGGAACGGCGGCGCUUUCUCCGCGAUGGCGUAAAGCCGCUCCGAAGCGACCUUCGUGCAAGCCGGGCGGAGAGGUGGAAAGCGACUCUUUUCUAAAUAAAUAAUAACAGUCACAACAACAACAAACUGCUCCGUCGGCUUUUCACCGGGAAGCCAAGCAGCGCCCCCUCCCUCCUCUAUCCCUCCAAUGAAGAAGAGUUUUAUCCCGGAGUGAAGAAAGCAAGAGGAGAAUAGAGGGAUUUUUUAAUUUUUUGGAGUGGUGGCGUGUGCGUGUGUGCAGGGGGCGGCGCUCUCUUUUGACCCUGGCGUGGCAGCGCCUGUUCUUUUUUGUCUAUAGAGGACAAUUUUUUUAAAAUACACCCAGUAAUAAUAAAAUAAAAUCGAAGGGAAAAAUGGCGAACGACUCUCCUGCAAAAAGUCUGGGGGACAUAGACCUUUCCUCUUUGCGGGAUCCCGCUGGGAUUUUUGAGCUGGUGGAAGUGGUUGGCAAUGGCACAUAUGGGCAAGUUUAUAAGGGUCGACAUGUCAAGACAGGUCAAUUGGCAGCGAUCAAAGUCAUGGAUGUUACUGAGGAUGAAGAAGAAGAAAUCAAACUGGAAAUAAACAUGCUGAAGAAAUAUUCCCAUCAUAGAAAUAUUGCAACUUACUAUGGUGCUUUCAUUAAGAAAAGUCCUCCAGGUCAUGAUGACCAACUGUGGCUUGUCAUGGAGUUCUGUGGUGCAGGCUCUAUUACAGAUCUUGUGAAGAAUACGAAGGGAAAUACUUUGAAGGAGGACUGGAUAGCAUACAUCUCCAGAGAGAUCCUCAGGGGAUUGGCUCAUCUUCAUGCCCAUCAUGUAAUUCAUCGGGAUAUUAAAGGGCAGAAUGUAUUGUUAACAGAAAAUGCAGAGGUGAAACUGGUGGAUUUUGGAGUAAGUGCUCAGCUGGACAGGACAGUUGGUAGAAGAAAUACUUUCAUUGGAACACCUUAUUGGAUGGCGCCAGAGGUUAUUGCCUGUGAUGAAAAUCCAGAUGCUACAUAUGACUACAGAAGUGACCUUUGGUCCUGCGGCAUUACAGCCAUAGAGAUGGCAGAAGGUGCUCCUCCACUCUGUGACAUGCAUCCAAUGAGAGCCCUGUUCCUUAUCCCCAGAAACCCUCCUCCAAGACUAAAAUCCAAGAAAUGGUCAAAAAAGUUCUUUAGUUUUAUAGAGGGCUGUUUAGUGAAGAACUAUAUGCAACGACCUUCUACCGAGCAGCUUUUAAAACAUCCAUUUAUUCGUGAUCAGCCAAAUGAAAGGCAAGUCAGAAUCCAGCUUAAAGAUCAUAUAGACAGAACCAGGAAAAAGAGAGGAGAGAAAGAUGAAACAGAAUAUGAGUACAGUGGAAGUGAAGAAGAGGAGGAGGAAGUGCCUGAACAAGAGGGAGAACCAAGUUCUAUUGUUAAUGUGCCUGGAGAAUCUACCCUCAGACGUGAUUUCCUGAGAUUGCAGCAGGAAAACAAGGAACGUUCUGAGGCUCUUCGGAGACAACAGCUGCUACAGGAACAACAGCUACGAGAGCAAGAGGAGUACAAGAGGCAGCUGCUGGCAGAGAGACAAAAACGCAUUGAACAGCAGAAAGAGCAAAGGCGGCGACUAGAAGAGCAACAACGAAGAGAACGAGAAGCUCGAAGACAGCAAGAGCGAGAACAAAGGAGGCGAGAACAGGAGGAAAAGAAGAGAUUGGAAGAAAUGGAAAAGAGGCGAAAGGAAGAAGAGGAGAGAAGGCGAGCAGAGGAAGAAAAGCGGAGAGUAGAGAGAGAGCAGGAGUAUAUCAGGCGACAGCUAGAAGAGGAGCAGCGGCACUUGGAAAUUCUUCAGCAGCAGCUGCUCCAGGAGCAGGCCAUGUUACUGGAAUACAGAUGGCGAGAGAUGGAGGAACAUCGGCAAGCGGAGAGGCUUCAGCGUCAGCUGCAGCAGGAGCAGGCGUAUCUUUUGUCCCUUCAGCAUGAUCACAGGCGGCAGCAGCAACAACAGCAGCAGCAGCAGCAACAGCAGCAGCAGCAGCAGCAAGAAAGGAAUAAACAAAACUAUCAUACUCCUGAGCUUAAGCCCCAUUUUGAGCCUUCUGAAAGACCACGGGAGGUUGAGGAUAGGUAUAGAAAGAAUAAUCAAGGCUCUCCUGAAGCACAGUCAAAACAGUCAAGCAAAGUGUUGGAGCCACCAGUGCCUUCUAGAUCAGAGUCCUUUUCAAAUGGAAAUUCUGAGCCUGUUCAGCCUUCGCUGCAAAAACCAAUGGAGCCACAGGUACAGUGGUCCCAUCUGGCAUCUCUCAAGAACAAUGUUUCCCCUGUCUCGCGGUCCCAUUCCUUCAGUGACCCUUCUCCCAAAUUUGCACAUCACCACCUGCGCUCUCAGGACCCAUAUCCACCUUCACGCAGUGAAGUGCUAAGUCAGAGUUCUGACUCUAAGUCUGAGGUACCUGACCCCACCCAAAAGGCUUGGGCUAGAUCAGACAGUGACGAGGUGCCUCCAAGGGUACCUGUGAGAACAACAUCCAGAUCACCUGUGUUAUCUCGCAGAGAUUCUCCAUUGCAGAGUAGUGGACAGCAAAAUAACCAAGCAGGUCAAAGAAACUCCACAAGCAAUAUAGAGCCCCGUCUGCUUUGGGAAAGAGUGGAGAAGCUGGUGCCAAGACCUGGAAGUGGAAGCUCAUCUGGUUCAAGCAAUUCCAGUUCACAGCCUGGGUCACACCCUGGAUCCCAGAGUGGAUCUGGAGAGAGAUUCCGGAUGAGAUCAUCAUCAAAAUCUGAAGGCUCACCAUCACAACGUAAUGAAAAUGCAACCAAAAAGACUGAAGAAAAGAAGGAAGCCUUCAGACCUAGCAAACCUGUGGGAGAAGUGGAUUUAACUGCUUUAGCAAAGGAACUGCGGGCAGUGGAGGAUGUGCGACCUCCCCAUAAAGUGACAGACUAUUCAUCAUCUAGUGAAGAGUCAGGGACAACAGAUGAAGAUGAUGAUGACAUGGAGCAAGAAGGAGUUGAUGAAUCCACUUCUGGACCAGAAGACACUCGAGCAGUAUCCACGCUAAACCUCAGCAAUGGAGAGACAGAAUCUGUGAAAACCAUGAUUGUGCAUGAUGAUGUGGAGAGUGAACCCGCCAUGACUCCCUCCAAAGAAGGCACUUUAAUCGUCCGACAGAGUACAGUUGACACAAAGCGUGCCAGCCAUCAUGAGAGCAAUGGCUUUGCCGGUCGCAUUCACCUCUUGCCAGAUCUCUUACAGCAAAGCCAUUCCUCCUCCACCUCCUCCACCUCCUCCUCCCCAUCCUCCAGCCAGCCGACACCCACCAUGUCCCCACAGACACCCCAGGACAAGCUAACUACUAAUGAGACUCAGUCCGCUAGUAACACGCUGCAGAAACACAAAUCUUCCUCCUCCUUUACACCUUUUAUAGACCCCAGAUUACUACAGAUAUCUCCAUCUAGUGGAACAACUGUGACUUCUGUUGUAGGAUUCUCUAGUGAAGCAAUGAGGUCAGAGGCAAUAAGGCAGGAUCCAACCCGGAAAGGAUCAGUAGUUAAUGUGAACCCUACGAAUACACGGCCACAAAGUGACACUCCGGAGAUUCGCAAAUACAAGAAGAGAUUCAAUUCUGAGAUCUUAUGUGCUGCCUUAUGGGGAGUUAAUUUAUUAGUGGGAACAGAAAGUGGCCUGAUGCUGCUGGACAGGAGUGGCCAAGGGAAGGUGUAUCCAUUAAUAAAUCGAAGAAGGUUCCAGCAAAUGGAUGUACUUGAAGGUCUGAAUGUCUUGGUGACAAUAUCAGGUAAGAAAAACAAAUUGAGAGUUUAUUACCUGUCGUGGUUAAGAAACAAAAUCCUUCACAAUGACCCAGAGGUGGAAAAGAAACAAGGCUGGACAACUGUAGGAGACUUGGAAGGUUGUGUACAUUAUAAAGUUGUAAAAUAUGAAAGAAUCAAAUUCUUAGUAAUUGCUUUGAAGAGUUCUGUGGAAGUCUAUGCCUGGGCACCCAAACCAUACCACAAAUUUAUGGCUUUUAAGUCAUUUGGCGAUUUGGUACAUAAGCCAUUAUUAGUGGAUCUUACUGUAGAAGAAGGCCAGAGACUGAAGGUGAUCUACGGCUCCUGUGCUGGAUUUCAUGCAGUUGACGUGGAUUCAGGAUCAGUGUAUGAUAUUUACCUCCCAACACAUAUCCAGAGUAGUAUCCAGCCCCAUGCAAUCAUCAUUCUACCAAACACAGAUGGGAUGGAGCUGCUUGUUUGCUAUGAGGAUGAAGGAGUAUAUGUUAAUACAUAUGGAAGGAUCACCAAAGAUGUGGUUUUGCAAUGGGGAGAAAUGCCUACAUCAGUGGCAUAUAUUAGAUCCAAUCAAAUUAUGGGCUGGGGAGAAAAGGCUAUUGAGAUACGAUCAGUGGAAACAGGACAUUUGGAUGGUGUAUUUAUGCACAAAAGGGCACAAAGACUCAAGUUUCUAUGUGAACGUAAUGACAAGGUUUUCUUUGCCUCUGUACGGUCUGGAGGAAGCAGCCAAGUUUAUUUCAUGACCUUAGGCAGGACUUCUCUUCUGAGCUGGUAGAAUGAUUAGUUUGGCAAGAGAUGGCUGUCGUAUGGAGUUCUCAUAACUUGGAAUCAUUUGCAACUGGAGUAUAGACCUGCUGUGAUGCAGCACUACAUGCCAUUGCGUGUGCAGCCAUCACUGGUGUCGGGUUCUUUUUGUUUUUAAACCGAGGCUGCGAUAUGCGGCUGGUGCUGUAGAGAUAUUGCCAUCCAGUGCUGUCUGAUUUGGGAUCCCACUAGCGAAAGGUCUCUCUCCUUUUUCUCUCCCCUUCCUCCUCCCCUGGUUCCGGAUUUCCUAGUGAGAAAAGCAAGAGACUGACCGAAAACCAAUGUUUAAAAGGAGGCAGGUGGAAGAAGGUAGCAGGAGGGGGAUAUAGGCGGAGCCAGUGUUGCUGAAGCAGAGGGCAAAUCUAAUAUAGUAAUCUUAACAAUGUAUUUAAUUGACAUUUCUUUUUCUUUUCUUUUUUCUUUUUUUGUAAUGUGACAAUAUGUGGGCAAAGAGGAAGAAGCAGGCUUUAAAAAUUAAUAUUUAUAAAAUGUGAAAGGCACAGUGGUUUAUGGGAGGUGGGGGACUUUCAGUUUUGGCUUGGCCAAGAGUUUCGUCAUUCUUUUCCUGUAUAUCAAGUUUUGCCUAAAAACCAUAUGCGGAUGGUUUCGUUUGUUUGAAAAAAGGAAAAAAACCCUAAACAAACAAUUGUUCAUUUUUCUAUAAUGACUUUUCAUUAGGCCAGGACUUGGUAAUGCCAGUGUUAGCACUGCCUGAGUUAAAGGUUUAAUUUUUGUUUAAACCUAAAAUGUGCAACAACUCUUACUAUCAAUCUGCUCACGCAGCUUUUGGGGAGAUAGAAAAUUCCAAACGUGUUUUGUUUUUGUGCCUACCUCAUUGUUUCUAAUUCAUACAAUAAAAGAGGUGGUUUAGGUUUAUACUUUUUGUUUUGUUUUGUUUUAGGAAAACUAAGUCCAAUUGAUAAUCACUGGACUCAAUGGCCUUAUAGGCCUUUUCCAAGUGUACUAUUUUAUGAUUCUGUGAUCAUACCAAAAGUAGAAGAAUAAAGAAUUGACUGUUAAUUUUGUAUUAGGUUUCAAGCAGGAGAAACUAGCAGUCAUUUGAGAUGGUUGAAUUGGAGUUAUGGCAGUGGCAUAGUGACUUAGUCAUUUUUUAAAAAAAAUUGAAAGUGAACUUUUAGCUUUAUUUUUUACCAAGUUCAUCAUGAAUGGAAAUUCAAGAAAUUUAGUCUAAAAUACAGAAGUUUCUGCUCUUAACAUUGGGGCUUAGUAACAGGCAAGUAACAAAGAACUAGGUUAGUUCUAUAACUUGUAAAAUGUUGUAGGAAAUUUUUGGGGAAGUAAUGUUUUCCUUUUCUAAGAAUGCAAUGCACUAAAACUAUUUUAAGAAUGUAGUUAAAUACUGCUUAUUCAGUUUUUUUUAAUAGCCGCUUAUACUUGUGUUUCAAAAUAAACAUCAACACUCUUGGCUCUCUUUUCCCCCCCGCCCCAUCUUUCUAAAGGAAAAACACACACACCUCAGUUUUGUUUUAUCAGUAAGUUUUUGGCCUUUGUAAUAAAUGUCUCAAGACUAAUACUUCAUUUAAAGACUUACAUGUGUUUAUUACUUGAGAAAUCUUGAGUGUGUAAUUAUCUGUUGGUGAUGUAAUAAUGCACAGUGUCAUGAUUCAAGCAUCAUGGUUUUUAACCACCUUUUUACUCUCUCUGGGUACUUCUGUUGACAGCUGCCUUAAGGUCACUGUUUAUUCAGUGAACUGGAUUCCAGUGUUUCAUGGGCUAUGUCUUCUGCUGGGGUUACCUUUUUCAUGGCAUGACAGGUAGAGAUUAAAAUGUGAUUCUUCAGUUCAGAUGCUCCAAGAGGUCAGGUGAGGCCGAACACAUGACUUCAUGUUGGACAGCACCAGUUGAAUGAACCUGCUACUCAAUUGGCUGUUCCUUUGGCAUCAAUCAAACUGCUGAUCUUUUCUUUGACCAACUUUUUUCUUUGCUAAAAGGAGCAAGAGGGUUUUUCUCCCAAAACUAAGCUGGUGCAAUGCAAAUAAGAGCAGCUUAUAAUUGUUGGCAGAAAACCCUUUGAAGUCUCUGUUUUUUAAAAUUGCUUGGCUUUUGAGUAGCACAAUGUCAGGGCUAAGGUUGCAGGUGGGUUUCAUUUCUUUUUGUUACCUGUUAGCAAAUAGCCAAAACAGCAACUCUCCUUUGUAUAGCAGAAAAGGGAUGAAAGUCAGAAGACCAGUGCAAACAUGAACAAAGGGGUGUCUUUCGCAUGGACACCAUAGCAUAGUUUACUGGACCCGACUGGCCAGAUGCCUUUUGAAAAUAUGACGGCAUGGUGUGGUUAAAACUGAUUUAAUUCUUGUCCUCUCCUCUCAUGCCACCUUGUUACAUUUUCUUUAAAAAAAGACUACUGUUCAUAAAUGUAGGAAUGUUGCCAUAUGGAAGAAUUCUCCCAGGUCACCACAUGCUGAUGAAGUUCUGUGCAACGCAAAAGGGGAAUGGGGGAAUGGCUCAUUCAGCAGGACAGCCGUUCUGCUGCCCUGAACUCCACGCAAGUGCCAAGGUGGCUAACUUUACAAGUCGAAUCAGUAUUAUGAAACCACUACAUAUAAAAUGUUGAAAUCCAUUUUUAAAGCAGUGCUGUUGGUAAGCAUAAAAAUAUUCCUAGUUUAGUUUUAAGCUUUAAGUAAUAAUUUUCUGUAUCUUAAGUCAAAGUAAUUCUAACUGUUUGACUGCAGUGAUUUUAUUUUUAUUGUAUGCACACGUUAUGUUGGAAAAAAUGUUUACAAAAAUGGUUUUGUUACACUAAUGUGCAUCACAUAUUUAUGGUUUAUUUCAAAGUGAUUUUGUGGGGUUUAGGUUUUGAUAGUAGUAGCAGUACAAAUUUUCGUGAUUUUUUUAAUAACCCCAAACUCUGCCAACUCUAAAGAUGCUUAAUCAAUAAUUCAAAUGACAAAAUUACAGUACAAUUACUAAUUGUAGAGCUGCGAAGCAGACUGGUGGCAACGAAAUGCUCAGCCUUCUUGCAGUGCUGUCUAAUUUGUCUUUUGUGUAUUAUAAAAUUACUGUCCCCCCACCCCAUUUUUCCUUAAAUAAAGUUUUAAAAAUGACA